AUGGGUACCUCAAAUCACAACCAGUCAAACAUCCCCCACCUCAUUCUACCCAAAGACUCCUCAUACAAUAUCAUGUCCCCCGAGCACGUCUCACCGCCACCAUACAACACACGGCCUCCACAGGUGGAUUUCUACACGCGGCCUCUCACAACAACCGCGCUGGAGGGCGAUGAGCUGGACGACAGCACCAUCUCACCACUUACGCUCCGCAUCAACACCUCCAUCAACAUCCUCAAAAACAACAACCUCAUCUGCCUGAGUGACUCGCCCGCCAACCACGCCACCGCCAUCGCCGACGCUGUCACCCAGGCCAUCCAGAAGCACAGCUCUGGCAACUGCGGCAUCCCCAUGAUCGACGGUAACGGAAAUCCUCGCCCAGUACGUAUCGAUAUCGAUGCCGGAAUGGUCACCGACGGUGUGGGCAACGUCGUUGGCUCCGAGAGCAUUGUGCUAGAGGUGCUACGGCAACGGGGCGAUAUGAAGCGGCAGCGGGAAAGCCCAGCAGCCCCUUCGCGUUUUGUAGACGAGAGCUCAAAGAGGAGGCGGUCACAUUCGUAA